AUGACAGCUGGAACUGUUGUCAUAACCGGAGGAAUACUGGCCACAGUGAUACUUCUGUGUAUCAUAGCUGUGCUCUGUUACUGUAGACUCCAGUACUACUGCUGUAAGAAGAAUGGGUCUGACAGCGGCUCCAUCUCUCAGCAACACUUCGCCUGCAACGCCUGCAGUGUGUCUGGCCUGGACGGAUCCAUCGUCACCCCACUGUCCCUGUCGCCGCCAGAGCCGCCCAAAUCCUCCAACCCCGCCAAAACCACCGGGGGGCGACGCAGCUACUGCCCCAGCUGCUCGCCCUACGACUCCCCUUUCUACAUCCGCACCACCGAUGAGAUGCGCAACGGCGGCGAGCGCAUCACCUACAUGCCCACACACUAUGACAACCAGGCGCUGGCGAUGCCACUGCCCGCUGUCCGAGGCUCCCUGCUGAGGGACACCCAGCGAGGCCGGCCUCCUGAUUUCUACACCAACACCCGAGCCAUCAGCACCGAGGUGUGA